GGGAAGUGCGAGGCGGGAAAAUGGCGGCGCCGCUGUCGCUGCAGCUCGUGGCCGAGUGCCGGGUGACCAAGGCCCGACUGUGCCGCCUCCGCCUCCCGCACCACACGGUCCUGACCCCCGUCUUCAUGCCGGUGGGGACCCAGGGAACCCUGAAGGGCAUCACCGCGGGGCAGUUGGAGGCCCUGGACUGUCAGAUCUGCCUCGGCAACACCUACCACCUGGGCAACCGGCCCGGCCCGGAGCUGAUCACGAAGGCGAAGGGACUGCACGGCUUCAUGAACUGGAAGCGAGCGCUGCUGACGGACAGUGGGGGUUUUCAGAUGGUGUCUCUGGUGGAGCUGUCGGAGGUGACGGAGGAAGGUGUGCGUUUCUGUUCCCCGUACGACGGCAAAGAGACCCUCCUGUCACCGGAGAAAUCCAUCCACAUCCAGAACGCUCUGGGCUCGGACAUCAUGAUGCAGUUGGACGAUGUUGUGAGCAGCACCAUCUCGGGGUCCCGGGUGGAGGAGGCCAUGUACAGGUCUAUCCGGUGGUUGGAUCGCUGCAUCGCAGCCAACAGGAACCUCGAAAAACAGAACCUGUUUGCCAUCAUUCAGGGGGGACUGAACGCUGAGCUGAGGCGAGUGUGUCUGACAGAGAUGAUUAAGCGGGAUGUGCCGGGGUUUGCCAUCGGGGGGCUGAGUGGGGGGGAGGAGAAGGACGACUUCUGGAAGAUGGUGACGCUCAGCACUGACUUCCUGCCGCGAGAGAAACCCCGUUACCUCAUGGGCGUAGGAUAUGCGACCGAUCUCGUCGUCUGUGUGGCUCUGGGCUGUGAUAUGUUUGACUGCGUUUUCCCCACCAGGACAGCAAGGUUCGGCUCUGCUCUCGUGCCCUGGGGGUCGCUCCAGCUGAAGAACAAACAAUAUGCCAAGGAUUUCCAGCCCAUCGAUACCGAGUGCAACUGCCCCACGUGUCAGAGGUACACGCGAGCUUAUCUCCACACCCUCUACAAAAGUGACACAGCUGCUCUUCACCACAUCACCAUCCACAACAUCGCCUACCAGCUGCACCUCAUGAGUGCGAUCCGGGACAGUAUUGAGGAGCAGCGUUUCCCGCUGUUUAUCCAGAGCUUCAUGAGGAGGAUGUACGGCAGUGCUGAGCACUAUCCUGGGUGGGCUGUGGAGGCCCUGGCGACCGUCAACGUCAGGCUGGAGUAGUGGCGGGAAGGGGUGGGGGCUGGGAGCCCGGCUUCCGGUGUGAAUACAGCGAGGCUACGAGGGGAGCGUGAGGCCCGUCGGCAAACGCCAGCUCCCAGCGGGGGGGAGAGUGGGCAACUUCGCAACCAGCAUCAGCGUGACCUCGUGAAUGAGGAGAGAGAGAGAGAGAGAGAGAGAGCGCUACACUCACCUUUGUGUGAAAGCAAAAAUGCAAAUCGCUCCUUACCUGAGGUUCACUGCGGCCACAGUGCGACGUCUCCCUGUGAUGUGCACAAAACACCCGAUGGAGUGAGCACUCGGACACCAAGUGCGGAGAGCAGUUCGGUGGGAAUCUGUCCUGGUCCAUGACUUUGCAGGUUUCGUUUUGGUUAAGUCGGGAGGAGGUCCAGCGACACAGCGGAAACCCAUCACCUUUGCUUGAGAAUCUCCAAACCGAGCUGAGAAUUCC